AUGCUGACCUCUGACCUAGAUGGGAAUGAGACAAGAGACCGUACAAGCUUGGAUGCUGUCCUCAUGGCUCUUGUCACUCAGUUGAACAUGAGCAGCAUUGAUGUAGCAACAGUCUCUGAGCGUACACCUGGCAAGGAGGUCCAGCUUGUUGUAAUGAGACUACUGAGUGUAAUGAUGUCAAGAAACAAGUCUGGUGGCAGAUCAAGCAGUGAUAAUUCCAGUGUGAUUCCCCAGGCCACAGCCAAGUGCUUGGUGCAAUCAGGAGCAAUGGAGCAUUGUCUCUCCUUCCUCAAAGCUCUGCUGGAGUAUUGGCGAGCAACCUCGGAAGAGCAGGGUGGCACUGUCAUUGGUGCUGGCCUCCUAAAACCUCGACCACUUUCUCUUCCACCUGACAUGUCUCCAUUUUUCCUACGGCAAUAUGUGAAGGGACAUGCCCAUGAUGUUUUUGCAGCCUUCCCUCACUUGUUGACAGAAAUGGUUUUGAGGCUGCCAUAUCAGGUAUGA